GACACCACCUGCCCUUUCCUUUGCCUCCCCCCCUACCUUUCUCAACUGCUCUCCGCCUCUAUCAUCAGCGGUGCUAAAUUUUUCGUUUGAUUUUAGAUGAACGAUAGUAGGAGGCGUAAAGGAAUUCUCUCUUCCGAUCUCUGGGAUGAUGGAAGGAUCUCACAAUCACAAUUUAUCCUUGAAUGAUGUUGGUGUUACAUCUCCAGAGGUAGAUUUCACAGUCCUUCAGCACAUAUUUAGGGAGUUAGGGAGCAUAAGCAACAAAAAUCUUUGAUGGACUGAACCUGGAGUUCUUCAACUCUUCAAACCCUCGGUAGUAGCAUGGAUGGAAGGGGAAGGUUGGGGACAAGGAAUUGGGACUUCUGUGAUCAGUCAAAACAAGCAGGGAAGAUGCUGAAGUCGGUGUCUGGUGCUGUUCCUGCACACCAGGAGACCUCUCUUAGGAUUAGCUCCUAUCCUGCAACUGGUUCACACAGCUCUCAUCCACCCACGAUGGACUUCUCAUGGUUUCCGCAGAGAAGCUUGGUCUCCCAGUCAAAAUGUGUCGACCACCCUGCUGCAAAUCCAGUGAGUUCAGAAAUGAUCGACAUCCAAACCAUGCCGAUCGCUGAGGAGGAAACAGACGACAAAGUGGCCACUACCCCUCCGCCUAUUCCGAAGCUCCGUAAGCAGCAUUCUUCUACCAAGAAAUCUGGUCGUGUCGCCGCCAAGGUAUUGCGACCGAAAGAGCCAAAGAAACAGCUCCCCAACCCCACGAAGAAGAAAGGAGGCUCUUCGUCCACAGGAAAACGCGAGAAGAAGAAUCAAGACAGCGUUGCAGAGCAGGGAACGAUGCUUGAUAUCUCGAGCGUUCCUGUGCCCGUUUGCUCAUGUACUGGCGUGCCACGCCAAUGCUACAGAUGGGGGUCAGGCGGAUGGCAAUCCUCCUGCUGCACCACAACCAUUUCCGAGUACCCUCUUCCGAUGAGCCCCACCCGGCCCGGCGCUCGCCUGGCUGGAAGAAAGAUGAGCAUUGGCGCAUACGGGAAGCUGCUGCAGCGACUCUCAGCCGAAGGUUUCGACCUGUCGUACGCGGUAGACUUGAAGGAUCACUGGGCGCGGCAUGGCACCAACAAGUUUGUCACCAUCAGGUAGCAUGUAAGGGAAAGCAAGAUUUGCUUUCCUCUUGUCGCUGCUGAUUUGUGUUCGAGCUGUGUGUUGUACAGUAGAAGACUUCCUUGUAAGUAUGUUUAGUCGAGUGAGUGGGUGUGUUGGUGUGCGAGGGACGACACUAAAGGUAUCACCUUUUUUGGGGACAUCACAACGCACCAGAGAGAGGACAAAGUGCUCCACUGGGAAGACAGUCUAACUCAGAGUUGAUGGCUUUUC